AUGGAAAACGCGAUCCAUCAGUCUUCACUAGAGCAAGACACUCCGCCCACUCCUCCUGCUCCUGGUUCCACAAGAAAAGCAGGAGGAUGGAAAGCUAUCAAAUACAUCAUUGGGAAUGAAUCGUUCGAGAAGUUGGCAUCAAUGAGCUUGAUAUCCAAUAUGACAGUGUACCUGAAUUCAAACUACAACCUCAGUGGUAUAUUUGUUGUUAAUGUGGUCACAAUAUGGAAUGGUUCCUCCAACAUUGCAUCAUUAGCAGGAGCUUUCAUUUCUGAUGCUUAUCUGGGCAGGUUCCGAACCCUCCUCUUUGGCUCCAUAGCGUCUCUCCUGGGUAUUGGGACCAUGACCCUAACUGCAGCUAUACAUCAGUUAAGACCCCCCACUUGCACAAAUGGGGAAUCCGACUGCCGACAUCCUCAAAGUUGGCAGCUAGCCUUCCUCUUCAUGGCUCUUGGAUUGCUAUCAAUAGGUGCAGGCGGCAUUAGGCCCUGCAACAUAGCCUUUGGAGCUGAUCAAUUUGACACCAGAACAGAGGAGGGAAGAAGACAAUUGGAAAGCUUCUUCAAUUGGUGGUACUUCUCCUUUACCAUUGCUCUCAUUAUAGCCCUCAGUGCUGUCGUCUACAUUCAGACUAAUGUCAGCUGGGUUUUAGGCUUUGCUGUUCCCACUGCAUGCCUUGGUGUUUCUAUAGCUAUAUUCUUGCUCGGCUGCCAUACUUAUGUUUACAAAGAUCCCCAAGGCAGCAUCUUCUCUGACAUGGCCAAGGUAAUUACAGCUGCCUGUCGGAAGCAUCGGUUAAGAACAGUCGUAGGAUCAUUUUAUGAUCCUCCUGUGACAGGAUUAGACGAACCAACAACAAAGCUUGCUCAUACUGAUAGGUUCAGGUUCCUCGACAAGGCUGCUAUAAUUGCGGAGCCAAGUGAAAUAGACAACUAUGGCAUGCCCAACAAUGGAUGGAAACUCUGUAGCUUGCAGCAAGUGGAACAACUGAAAUGCUUAGUAGCAAUUGCGCCUGUUUGGGUGUCGGGAAUUGGAUGUUUUAUAACCAUGGACCAACAGAACACUUUUGGUGUCCUUCAAUUAAUGCAAAUGAACAGAUCCAUCGGAUCCCAUUUCAAGAUCCCACCAGGGUGGAUGAAUCUCACGUCCAUGAUUGCCCUCUCCACAUGGAUAAUCAUUUACGAGCAAAUUUACAUCCCUCAGGUGCGGAAAAUUACAAAAAAGGACAAACGAUUGACGAUGCGGCAAAGAAUAAGCACCGGCAUUUUUAUGUCAAUUCUCUGCAUGUUGGUCGCCGGGGUUGUCGAGAAGAAGCGCCGUGACUCGGCUACAAAACAUGGGUUAUUUACUUCACCCAUAAGUUUUGCGUUUCUCUUGCCACAGUUUUUCUUAUCAGGUAUGACGGAAGCUUUUGCCGCAGUUUCCAUAAUGGAAUUUUUUACCACGCAAAUGCCGGAGAGCAUGAGGACUAUUGCCGGAGCAGUCUUCUUUCUCAGCUUAUCCGUUGCGAGCUACAUAGGCUCCCUUCUUGUCAAUGUCAUCCAUUCUGCAACAGGCAAAUCCCCAUGGUUGGGUGGUCACGAUCUGAACAAGAAUAGGCUUGACUACUACUAUUACGUCGUCGCUGCCCUGGCAACUCUGAAUUUUAUUUACUUCAAUCUCUUCGCUUGCCACUAUAUCUCAAGCAGAGGUACCGUUGGUAGUGGGACAUCUCCCGAGAGCUCGACAGAUUACCACCCGAGAAAUCGGUCUGAAAGUGAACGAGAGAAUGAAAGAAGAGACUUGGAGAUGGAUCGCAGUAACUAAUCAGCAACUUUGCACUGUACAGUACGUUGAAUUCUUAGAGUGAUUUGAACAUUUUCUUUGUGUAUCUUUAUCAUAUUCUUCAUGUUCUAGACAUCAUGCUCGCUGCCGGCCUGUA